GCCAUCCUCUCCUCCUCGUCCGCUGGUCGCUGCUGUUCUAUUUCCUCCUCGUUUGUAGCGAAAUGGCUUAUGGAGGAGACGAAGUUAACGCCAUCGUCCUUGAUAUGGGCACCUACUCUACCCGUAUAGGAUACGCGGGAGAGGACCUGCCAAAGGUCAACAUGCCUGCCACCUAUGGAUCGGUGCUCGAUCCGGACACGGGCCUCUUCAAGCACUAUGUUGGGGAUGAGGGGGUGAACAUCUACCGGCCGAAGAUGCGUUUGAGUAACCCGAUGCGGGAGGGAAUGAUUUAUGAGUGGAACGCGGUUGAGGAUGUGUUGAACUACGCAUUUCAUAGCCAGCUACGGUGUAACACCGCCGAUCAUCCUAUCCUCUUCACCGAACCCCCAUGGAACAACAAGUGGAACCGCGAGCAUCUGGCCGAGAUCUUGUUCGAGAAGUACCAAAUACCUGCCACCUUCGUCGUGAACAACGCUGUCUGCUCUGCAUUUUCCGCUGGGAAGGGGACUGCGCUGGUCGUAGAUGUUGGGCAGGACAUAUCCUCUGUCACUCCUGUUGUAGAUGGUUACGCGCUUACGAAAAGCAUCCAACGCCAGCCGAUCGGCAUGUCCCUCCUCACGAACACCGCCUACAUGACCCUGACUACUCCCACUCUUGAACGAGUCGACGCAAUAGAGCUACACUCCCAUCAACUCAUCUCCUCGAAGAAGCCGAUGGGGUACAACGCCAAGCCGAUAUACACCCUUCGGCAGGACCGGCUGCUAAACGCCGAUCAGUCAUGGAGGAACCAGAUGUCGCGCAGGGUAGUAGAAGACUGGAUCGAGGUGUGUAGCGGGGCGCUAGAGACGACCUUCACCGUUGAGGAGGCCGAUAAGAAGGGCACAAAAUUCUACGAGUUCCCCACAGGUUACCAGGCUAUUUUCAAGGGCAGCGAACGUCUGCAUCCCGCAGAGAUCUUCUUCAACUCCUCUGCUCUCAACCGUAUCCGGUCAUACGGACCUCCCCCGAUAGCCGAGAACCACCCCUCCCAAGGCAGGAUGAUCCCUCUCCAAGAAGCCCUGCCGCUGCAGAACUUAAUAGCACACGCGCUCGAUCUGCAGGACAUUGACGUUCGAAGUAGCUUAAUGCAGAACGUGGUGCUCGUUGGUGGGGGCAGCAUGCUGCCUGGCUUCCAAGAACGACUGCUCUUCGAAGUCUCGAACCUUACGAGAAAUAAAAACUACAAAUUCCAUAUCCCUACUGUGCCCUGGGAACGCCGGUUCAGCUCCUUCCUUGGCGGCAGCAUCCUCGCUUCCCUAGGUACGUUCCACCAGCUCUGGGUCAGCCGAGAAGAGUGGAAUGAGUUUGGCCCGGACAUCUUGGCGCAGAGAUGCAAAUGAGUGGGUGUGUAGUGAUUGUUGUAGUCUAUGUAAUGCGAUUGCAUAUCACCC